AUGUCCGGCCAACAAGGUGGAUAUGGCCAACCUCCGAAUAUGCAGCAACAGCAGAUGAUGUAUAAUCAGCAGCAUAUGAUGGGACGACAGAUGGGUCAAAUGGGUGUUCAGCGACAGAUGUAUCCUCAAGACUCCGGGAUGUCUCAGCAGCAAGGACAAAUGCCGAUGCACUUCGCACCGCAACAGCAACAACAGAUGCAAAUGGGUCAGCCACAAAUGGGCCAAAUGCCACAACUACAACCACAACAACCACAACAGCAGCCCACGAUGAGCCACCAACAGCAAAUGCCUAUGGGUUUGCAGCAGCAACUGGGUCCCCAACAAAUGGGAAUGCAGCAACAGCAGCCACAGAUGGUUCAACAGCAAAUGGGACAGCAGCAGCAACCUGUGCAACAGCAACUUUCGCAGCAACCUCAGCAGCCAAUGGGUCAACAGUCUAUGCAUUCCAGCCAACCGCAGCUAACUUCGAUACUGGGCGGCUCACUUGGAAGCGUUUCUCAACAGCAUAUGCAGAUGCAACAACCUCGAAGUCCAAUGACUAGCUCUGUUGGACCGCAGCAACUCACUCCUGGUGGUGGUCCAGGCUCUCAAGCACCCGGCUCAACGCUUGCAGCAGCUAGUGCAGGAGGUCCUACCUCUGUCGGGCCACUAUCUGUGCAACCACAUACUCCAAUGAACCCUGCUUCUCAACAAGCCAUACCUCAACCGUCAUCUGUGCAACAAGGACCAGCAUCGGUUCCUCCAGGCACACCAGCUAGUAAUCAGCCCGCGCCGCAAUCGUCUUCCACAGGAGAACCGACGCAGCCGUACUUACAAGAUCCGGUGGCGCAUAGUAAGCAGCUCAUUAUGAAAGAUCUCCGCUUCUCUAUCAUUGAUCUGAAUCGAAGGGCUGGUGAGGCCCUCAAAGAUCUUCGUGCAGGCAAUCCUCCGUCAAAUUCGAAUGAGUACCUAAAGGCUAUGGACAAUCUGUUUGCAAUUUUGGUAUGCGAAACACAAAAACAGAUGAGUAAAAUGGAGAAAAUCUUUGACAAGGACGCUAUGAAGGAGCAUAUGGGUUUUUCCGACUCGAAAGGGCGCCACAUCGGAGGUGACGACGAUUCGGGAGCGAAUCUUGCUGCGGUCAAUACUUAUAUUGAUCAGACAAAACAGCUGCAAGCCGCUUUUGAUCGCGCUUUUUCACAUGUUGGCCGAACGCUGGAAACAAUCCGACGUAGACAAAAUAUGAGCUCAAAGAACCCGAAAAUCGAACCGAUGGAUAUGUGA